GGUUUGAACAAUUGGGCAGCGAAACGCAGCUUACAAGAAAAAAAUAAUCCUCUCUCUCUCUCUCUCUCUCUCUCCCCCUCCACUCUUCUUACUCUCUCUCUAAAACCUCAGCCUGAUCAACAAACAUGGCAGCUACUUCUAGAAGAUCCACAAGCGCCUGCGGGCCAGUCAUUCGCUCCUCUCUACCCGCCGGAAGGUUUCAAAGCACUCAGUUCUCGUCUGCUUCCGCCUUCGCCUUCGCCUCCUCCACUUCCAGCUUCUCCUCCCGCUCCUCCACCUUCUUCAACCGCGCCGCUUCCCCCCCGCGCCUCAACGUCGCCACCGCGGCCCCCUCCGCCCAGUCCGUACGAUUCUCCUUCGACCGCCCGACCUCCCCCAGCCGAUCCAUCUCCGUCUCGCCGCGCGGCACCGGCGCCCACCACCACCACCACACCGCCGUCAAGAGCGGCCGGAAUAUCAGUCAGCCGAAGCGCACCUGUAUGUGUUCCCCAACCACGCACCCCGGCUCCUUCCGGUGCAGCCUCCACAAGAACAACUCCCACGUCACCGCCUCCGCGCCCUACUCGCAGAACCGACUGAACGCGCGCAGAUCCGCGAUGACGAACUCGCUCGUGAGAAUCGGCGGCGUCGAAGGCGAUCUCGUGAGGCGCGCCUUGUCCGCUCUGAUCCGCCCCUCCUCCCACAGCCAGAGGCGAAGAGCCGAUUUCCGUCCCCGCCCCAGCCGGCUCUCCACCAUGUCUAAGUCCAACGAAUAAUCGGAAAACAAUUUUGAAAUUUAAAAAAACAAUCGAGUCGGAUUUGGUGUUUUUUAUCUUUCCUCUGCAAAUUGUUCAGUUUUCCGGCCGUCGAGGUGAGGCGGCGCUCGGCGGUGAUGACGUGUCUGGAUCCGGCGAAGCCUGAGUGAUCUGACCGACGGGUUGACCGAAGUGCUCCAACAGCUAGGGGGAUUUACAUAUGAAACCUUUAGCUGCUAUGACCCUCGCUCUGUAUAUAUAAGUACACAAAUAUGUAUCGAUUGGCGCGCCAUUUUUGUUGGCGACUCCAAGCUUUCUGGGA